AUGUGGACAGAACUUACUUUUACGCUCCUCUUGUGUGUGCUCACAGCGGCUGAGAAGCCCGCGACGAAGCGGUUUACAGCGCUCACACCACCAAUUUCUCUUAUCCAGGGAGAAGUAAGCAACACGUUUCAUCGUUUUGCUAUUCCAAAAGGUCCUAUUGCCGUAUAUCGUUUUGAAGCGGAAGUAGUGGAAAAAGAUGGGGAUGGCAACGUCGUGCCUGUGGCCACGUACGACGCGUAUCUUCAUCACCACGUAUUUGGCAGCACUCACAAGCAGUACGAUGAUAUGAAAAGUCGCUGGGCUCCUAUGAAACCAAAGAACUUCAGUCGUAGUGUGGCAUUUGGUGCUGGCACCGAGUGUCGUGGUACCCCUCAAGAGUUUUAUUUCCCGUAUGCUUUUAUGACUGUGGAUGGAGAAGAUGAAUGGCUGGCGAAUGUGCACGUUAUCAAUACACGUAACAUGCCAUCUGAGCGCGCACAUCGAUGUCUAGAGUGUCCGUGUACGUCUGAAGAUGAGUUUACAGCUACGAGUGUGAAUGGUAUUCCUUUUCGCAAUGGCAGUUGCAAUGCCCAAUUGCUUUAUGAAGAGAAUACUGUUUGUUCAGCCACUACUUACCAUGGAGGUUUACGUUGUUGCGAGAAUGCCGAGUUUUGCCUCGAGCACAAGGAACUCGAAGUAGCGGAGGGCAGCAAGGCGGUCUACUACUUGCGCUACUCGCUUGAAUAUGCUGACAUCGUGUCGGAAAAUCGUCCGCUUUAUCUUGCAGCGUGUUGUGAUGCAUCGGGGUCUCUCGAAUUCACGGGAAACGUCGAAUACGACGUGCCACUGUGUGAUCCAGACACGCACCCUGGUUGUGUGCACACUCUGUCGACACGCCAGCGACUGGAUCACACUCCGUUAACACGCCAGCUGGUGGAUGAUGAUAACGAUUCAUUGUACGCGUAUCGUCAGCAUGCAGGAUCAGCACGUGACGUGGAGCUGGUGUAUGCAGUUGGUCACCAGCAUCGUGGUGGGCUUGGUAUUCAGUUAUACGACGACGCGACGGGAGAUUUGAUCUGUGCUUCAGUACCCAAGUACGGCUCUGGAUCCGAGGCUGGCAAUGAAGACGGAUACAUUGUAUCCAUGAGCAGUUGCACGUUUAAUCCGCCCCGAAGAAUGAGUACGACAGAUAUUGUUCGCAUUGUGGCGCUUUAUAACAACACAGUGCCGCACACUGGAGUUAUGAGUCUUAUGUACAUCGCUUUGAGCGAUUUUCCGCUGAAUGAAACGGCGUUGGACUCAACAAUGUCAACAUCUACGACUCUAUCGCAUCAGUCAUUGGCAAGUACUAGCGAAAUGCUAGUAGCCGGCGCUGUGGCGGGUACGGCAGUUUGUGCUUUGGUGAUGGUGGUGGUUACACGCUGGAAAAAGCGGUCGGGUUACACUCCUCUGGCGCCCCAAUCCACGUAA